UCACCAACACUGCUGCAUCUGUGGCUGCCGUGAAACGACACACCAAGCGGUCAAACUACAGCAUUUAUACAGCGACCUCCAAGAGAAACAUGCUUUAUAAUCAGUAACUUGUACAACGGAAGUAACCGCAAUAUUCUGACAAGAGCAGCAUCUUUCCCCCAGUGACAGUCCACCAUGUUGUCCAGGCUGAGGACAACCUGUUCCCUGAGGCCCUGUGUCUCUGUCUGCAGAUGGGCACACACCAAAGAGAAGGGCAAGCCCCUCAUGCUCAACCCCCGCACCAACAAAGGCAUGGCCUUCUCUCUACCAGAGCGACAGAUUUUGGGGAUACAUGGUCUGCUGCCUCCCAAAGUGGAGACUCAGGACACUCAGGCCAUGCGCUUUCAGAAUAAUCUCAAGAAGAUGUCUGAUCCCCUGCAGAAGUACAUCUACUUGAUGGGCAUCCAGGAAAGGAACGAGAGGCUUUUCUAUAGAGUGCUGAUGGAAGAUAUAGAGGAAUUGAUGCCUAUUGUCUACACUCCCACUGUAGGCCUUGCCUGCACACAUUAUGGACACAUCUUCAGAAGACCCAAAGGCUUGUUUAUCUCCAUCCGGGACAAAGGACACAUUCGUUCCAUCCUAGACAACUGGCCAGAGACUAAUGUUGCAGCAGUAGUAGUAACCGAUGGAGAGCGUAUUUUGGGAUUAGGGGACCUGGGUGUUUAUGGAAUGGGCAUCCCUGUCGGAAAGCUUUGCCUGUACACCGCCUGUGCCGGCAUUAGACCUGAGAGAUGUCUGCCUGUGGCCAUCGAUGUUGGCACAAACAAUGAGACUCUCCUCAAGGAUCCGCUGUACAUGGGCCUGUACCAGGAGCGAGAUAAUUCACAAGCCUACGAUGAUCUGAUUGAUGAGUUCAUGGAAGCUGUGGUGGACAAAUACGGGCAGGACACACUGAUCCAAUUUGAGGACUUUGGGAACCACAAUGCCUUCCGCUUCCUCAGGAAGUACAGGGAGAAGUACUGCACCUUCAACGAUGAUAUCCAAGGCACAGCAGCUGUAGCCCUUGCUGGUCUGUUAGCAGCUCAGAGAGCCAUUGGCAAACCCAUCACUGAACACCGGGUGCUUUUCCUGGGAGCUGGAGAGGCUGCACUCGGUAUUGCCAAUCUGAUUGUCAUGGCCAUGAUGGAGUUGGGGAUGUCCCAUACUGAGGCUAGAAAUAAGAUCUGGUUGUACGAUAAACACGGCUUACUUGUAAAGGACAGACAUCAGGAAACAGACUCUAACCAGGAGGCAUUUGUCCAUGACAGUCCAGGGAAUGUUCAGAGCUUCCUGGAUGCCGUCAACAUCAUCAAACCCACAGCUAUCAUUGGUGUGUCGGGAGCUGGACGUCUGUUCACCCCCGAUGUCAUCAAAGCCAUGGGAACCCUGAACCACCGACCAAUCAUCUUUGCCCUGAGUAACCCAACCACUAAAGCAGAAUGCACAGCAGAGGACGCCUACACACUCACUGAUGGUAGAUGUCUUUUUGCCAGUGGCAGUCCAUUUGGUCCAGUGACUCUGAGUGAUGGCCGCGUCAUCACUCCAGGACAAGGGAACAACGCUUACAUCUUCCCAGGUGUGGCUUUGGCUGUGAUCCUGAGUGGAGUGAGACACAUCAGUGACACGGUCUUCCUAGAGGCUGCCAAGACCCUUGCAGUGCAGCUGACAGAUAAAGAGCUGGAAGAAGGCAGACUCUAUCCUCCUCUCUCCAACAUCAGAGAGGUCUCUAUCCAGAUGGCUGUCAAGGUGGUGGAGUUUGUCUAUGCUAAAGGCAUGGCGUUUCGCUACCCUGAGCCUUUGGACAAGGAAAAAUUUGUACGUGCUACUGUGUGGGACACACACUACGACUCCUUCGUGCCAGACACCUACGACUGGCCAGGUGUCAGCUUCAGCCCCAAGAAAUAGACCAGACCCUCACUGUGCCCUUUUUUCCCACUUAACUCUUAAUAACAGAUCUUUUGAGAGGAUCAUAAUUAUCUUAGUGCAAACAUCUGAAAACAGACAGUACAAGUCCCCUACUGCAGCAAUGUUACUGCAUUUGCACUAAAUUAGUCAUAUCAAAUCUAUGAAAAGGUAUCGUGGAAAGUGACAGAAAAGUGACAGAAAAGUGACUCUGCGUCACAUGUAAACCUGAACAGCACAUGGAGAGCCACCUGGUGGUGGGAAGAAAUGAAUGUGGAAAUAUGGUUUCAUUGUUGAAACCUUAAUUAUCUAUACUUAAUUAUAAUAACUGAAAUAAUAUCAGUAUGUGGUAUAUUACAGUAAAUUAAGAGACAUUCUGUGGUUGUCAUAUACUUCAUCAAGCAGGAACCUAAACACCAAACUUGCAUCCAACUAUUUAAACACUAGGAAAAUCAAAUGUUGCUGAGUAGUAAAGCAAACACUGUACAUCGCUCAAGGUUAAGAUGAGUUUUUACAAGAUACUAGAAAUGACUUAUUUAGGCAUAAAAAGUCUAGAAAAAGCAAUGUACAAUAUAUUUUUCACUUAUUUUAAAAAGGUAGACACUCCAUGUUUAAUGUAAAGAUUACUCUAAUUUGAUGCAACCUAAAGAUAGCCAAACGUAGUACGGAUAUUACCUUUUUUCACAUCAAGUGGGCCUCUGGUGGCUUCACUGAUCCAACCAAUGCUGGGUGCAAGACUUGUGGUUUAAGAGUCUAUUUGUAGAGCAGAGGGUUAAAGUACUCUGAUGUGUGUGGAAAAGAGAAAGGAGAGGAAACAAUGUUACUCAGUGGAGAAAUGAAGGGACCAUCUAAAGAAAGAACUCGAGAAAUUAAGAUGAGAUCCUUUUAAAGGGAAAUUUGAAUGGAAAUAAUAUCUAAAAACCAGAAACCAACGUCCUCUCCAGCAUUUUAUAUGUUUUAAUGCUUUUGUCAAAUUGUAUUAAUUAUUCAGAAUUUAUUUUAUUCUCCGGGGAUGUAUGAAGAUGUUUUGCCCUUGUGCUGUAUAUUCAAUAGAAAACCUGCCAUCGACACUCCUUUUAAUAACUUGUGGUGAGAGGAAUCCCUCCCACUGUGAUAUAUGAAUUCAAUAUGAACUAUACCCUAAAUAUUUAAGGAAACAAUGUGCAGUAUCAAACAAUUGGAGAAAUAGUAUUUUCCAUUGAAACUAUAUUUUGUGUACUGUAUAUACCCUUUUGUGGAAACUGAGACUGUACUGAAAGAGUGUUUAUAAAGUUGUGAAGUACAUCCACGUGUGUUUCGAAGGCUUGGUGUUUGGGUUUCACUCCUUGGAACAUAUUCAACAACACAUGUACAGGCUAGGCUACUAUUUACUGUUCUGGUUUAUCCUGAUCAUUAAUUAUAACUGAUGACACAAUCACAUUAUCGCAGAUUACUUUAUUUGUAUAUUCUGCAAGUGCUGUAUAUAAAACAUAAAAGGCAUUAAGAAAAACACAAGCCAAUAUGAAAAGACACACGCAUGAAUAAGAUUUAGGAGAGUAAAAUAAAAGAUCAGAUUAAAAUAAGCUUAAAUAGAAUAAAACCGAUUACAUUGCAGUGUCAGAUGGGGAUAAAUAGCUCUAAAAUUCAUUUAAAAAAAUGGUAGUGACAAACAUUAUCUUAUGCCUUCAUAUAUAAGAAUACGCAAGUUCUUCAGGAGUUUUUGCACAUGUGGUACAUGAUGCAAUUUACUAAUUUUUACUAAGAGCUAUUCAAAAGUCAUAUUUUAUUGGCAUAAAAUAUAGUGACAAAAUAGCCCCACUGUGAAAGGUCACAAACUUGACAUAAUCACCUUUUUGACUAUAUUCCAGGGAUAUUUAUCAAAUAUUUCACAAUUGUAUGCUGAUGUAAUGUACUGCGCUUGUUGUCCAUAAGACCUUAAUAUGUUUGCUCUGUACUGUCAGACUACUGCAGUAUAAUAUUAAUCUAAAUGUAAGAGUUUAAUGUCAAAUGUGAUAAUUGAGAAAUCCAUAUACACUGAACACAAACGAAUACCCUUGCAGCUAAAAUGUGUUCAAGUCUGGCGAAUGACCUAGGUAUAUUAAAACUACUCAUUUGUCUAUUUCAUUCAUAGUCUGACACUGUUGUCAAGGGCAUUGGCAAUAUCAUGCAUUCGUCUACUAGGCUACUGUACAUUUUAAUCUCAGGAUAAUGUAUUAGGACUUUUAACCACUUUUGUUGAAGUGCCUGCACGAUGUUCAGUGUCUAUUCAUAAUCACAUAAUCAGAGCAUGUAUGCUGAAUAAACAGUUUUACGCUGGU